CAGCUCUGAUGGCCACUUCAGAAAAAGAUUUCCAAAGUUGCCUUGAAGGGAGGACUAAAUGGCAGCAUGGGUGCCUACUUCCCUAAGGGGAGUACUUCCAAGGAGACCUCAGUGACAUUCAGCAGUGAGGACAAAGCAAACCUGUGGCACAGCCUCACCACGCAAAGCACUCAGAAACUGCAACUUGGAGGGGGAAUCCACGAGGAUACGAGCCUCUUUUAUAACCGCGAUGGCACGUGUUAGUGGCUAAUCAUAUUGUUUUUAGUACACAAAAGAACAGGGAACAGUCGCUUCGCCCCGUGAGCCCCUCAGCAGAGCUAACCGAGGGCGGCCGGGCGUGGGGUGAGCGGCCCGCCGGCUUCCAGGAGGGACCGCAGCGGGGAUCUGUCGCCCCGGGCUAAGCCCAAGGCGGCUCUGCAGGCCGCCACCCAACUCCGGAGGCUGGCGCAGCCGGAGACCCUCUCCGAGAAGUCCAUCAGGUUCACCGGGUUUGGGAGCCUGGGAUGGGCCGACCGUCGACCGGGACCGCAGACCCGGCCGGAGAGUUCCCACCACCGAGAGGAACGCCUAGAGCGGACAGGCCCGCCCGCCGCUCCUCCCGCCUCCUCUAUCCCGGAAGUUGAUACCGAGCGCCAGCUCGCGUGCUGCUCGCUAGUGUGGUUUGAGAGGUGCGGACCAUCUGGCCUUGGGGAGCGAUCAAGAUGCCUUUGGCAAGAGAUUUACUACAUCCGUCCUUGGAAGAGGAAAAGAAAAAACAUAAAAAGAAACGGCUAGUUCAAAGUCCAAACUCUUAUUUUAUGGAUGUAAAAUGUCCGGGUUGCUACAAGAUUACCACAGUUUUCAGCCAUGCUCAGACAGUGGUUCUUUGUGUGGGUUGUUCAACAGUCUUGUGCCAACCUACAGGAGGAAAGGCCAGACUUACAGAAGGGUGUUCAUUUAGAAGAAAGCAACAUUAAUGAUCUACACAACUUUCUGAAUUUGUGUUAUCUCACAGGAAGCCUUAUCAUAAGUUCAGUAAUUCUAGUUAAUCUACCAAGAGAAUGAAAUUUGGUUUUAUAAGGAAUACAACAGCAAUCUCCUAUUUUGAUGUCAAUUUUUCAAUAAAGUUUUGAUUAUGGGCAAA